CAAACAGAUAUUCGCCAACAUCAGCAAAAUUUCCGGCAGCAGAAAUAUCAGCCGGAUUCAAAGACUUGUCGAGUAUCUCGAUCCUGUUCAGAAGAAAAGUAUAGCCAGGUGGCGUGUCUCGCACAGUCUGUUGGUAUCAUUCGCUGGCCGAGAGAAAUUUCUACUUCAAUGGCCGACUUCCCUCAACCUGAUUCAUCGGACACUCGUGAUUCUGCUCUCUCAUCCAUAUCUGUUACCGGCCCUACGAGUUGUUCACCAUCUUGCCAUACAAUGUGGUUACGAUCUAAAGCUUCCUCUGGAUCAUAUAAAGGUGCUGAAUGCGAUGAUGAUUAUGAAGAGGAUGAGGAGGCAAUUAAGGGUAGAGAUGAGGAAUAUGGAGAGAGUAAGGAAGAGGAGUAUGAGGAAGAGGACGAUGAGGACGAGGAAGAUGAGGAGAGCGAGAAGAGGAAGGACAAUGAUGCGGACGAAGACGAGGAUGAGAAGGAGAAGGAGUGUAGAGAAGAGGUAAAGAAGGCCUUUAAUGAUGGACACUUAGUUGCCGAACGACCACGUAAGCAUGCUUGCAGUCUCUUAACAGCUAUGCUGCCAAUGCGGCGUCGGAAAGAUCAUCCAUCAAGGAGUAAAGCUAUGUCUGAUGGGAGUGUGGAUUGCGAACAUAGGCCAGCUGAUAUCCAGAACAAUAAGUCAACUGUAGGCUAUGAUCAAUGCCUUGGCCAAGAUUACAACAUCACUCAUGCUGCGAUUUUAUGCAUUAGUAGCCAAGAGAAUGAUGUAAGUUUUAAUCAGCAGCAUUCUCCAUCCAUCAGGGUUUGUCCGGAAAGUUCCCUUGGGGCAGUGGACAUGCCAAUGAAACAUGAAGAUGAAAGCAAGUUGGCCGACCUAUAA